ACUAAGUUCCUUUAUCGGAUUCUUUUCUGUCUCAGAUCUGAUUCACCAUUUUCUCUUCUUUUUUCCCUUUUUUUUUUAAUCAUAACUGAUAACUGCAUCAAAUAUUAUUGUUGUAUCGCUGUUACGUGUUAAUGUGUUAUGUUUUUUUCUUCUUACUUUUUGUUGUUUUUUUUUCUCCAUAUUCACAACAUAACAUGGCUUAUAAUUUAAUAAUCAUUUAUGUUUUCUUUUUGUUCCAUUUCUAUAAUUUCGAUCUGUCAUAGGAUUUUUUUGUUUUCCACACUAGCUUGGUUUUGUAGUAAUAGUGUACAGGGCUGUUUGGACAAACAGCUUAUUUGCAGCUUAUAACAUAAGUGCUUAUCAUGAUAAGUGCUUAUGUAUAAGCUUACGUUAAUUAUUUUUAUAGCAAAACAUAAAAUAAAUAAAAUUAUUUUUAUAUAUACUUUAUAUUGGAGAAUUUAUGAAAAUAUGCUAAAAAAUUUUGUUAUAAGUUGUUUUUAUAAGUUCUUUCAAACGGUCUCAGAAAACUUGUGUCUGUUGAUAAACUCAAAUAAGCUAAUCCAAACGGGCCUACAUCGUACAUAGAGCGCCCAAGCGCCAGCUCGGUUCUCUUAUCGAUCGGUUUAAGUCUAGUUUUGUGUGUUCUAAUUGCUGUCAACAUUUUUUGUUGUACCUAAUGGAUUAUUGAUUACUUGUUUUAUGACAGUUGUUGUUGCCUUGUCCUUUUUUUUUCCCUUCUGUUAAGUAGCUGUUUUGUUCAAUUAGGAUGGUUCAACAACAUAGAUAAAUAGUGUGUAUGUGUUGGUAACUGACUUAAUUAAAUGUUUAUUAUAUAAGCGAUUAUAUUUCUAAAAUCAAAGAGGGAAUGUGGUUAAGAUGUUUUGUUAUAAGUACCAAGUUGUUUUCUUAAGUUAUCCUGCAAAGUUUAUUGAAAUAAGCUGAAAUACACGUUAUAAGCCGUUUUCACAAGCACUUUCAAACAAUUACGCAAGUGCUUAUGUCAUACGAUAAACCCAAAUAAAAUAAGCUCUUUUAACUGCACCCUAAGUGCUUAUGUCACUAGUGCUUAUCUAUUUGUUCAUACAAUAGAUAGCACACAAAUGCUACCUUCAUUUAUUUCAAUGUUUCUGGUGUCUUCCAGAUAGUUGAUUAUUUCACGGAUGACGAAGAAUAAUGAAGGAAAAUUGGUAGACAAGAGCAGGAUUGUCCCUGUGGCAAUUAUAUUUGUGGUGCUAUGUGGGCUUUCUUUCUAUAUGGGUGUAAUCUUUGGUUCCGAGAAUGACAGAUUUGUAUCAAUUAUCAGCCAAAGAUCCCUUGACCCCCCCAAGGAAUCAUCAUCCCCCAAGGAAUUAUCAUCCCCCAAGGAUUUAUCAUCAAUAAGUUCAUUGCAGAUUAAAUACAUCAGUUUUCCUGAAUGCGCUAUUGAUUAUCAAGAUUACACUCCAUGCACCGAUCCAAGGAGAUGGAAGAAGUAUGGAUCCUAUCGUCUCAAUUUGUUGGAACGCCAUUGCCCUCCAGUUUUUGAGAGGAAAGAAUGCUUAGUUCCUCCCCCGGAUGGAUACAAGCCUCCAAUUAGAUGGCCAAAGAGCAGAGAUGAAUGUUGGUACAGGAAUGUUCCAUAUGACUGGAUUAACAAGCAGAAGUCCAAUCAACAUUGGUUAAAAAAGGAAGGGGAGAAAUUCUUCUUUCCCGGCGGGGGUACUAUGUUCCCAAAUGGUGUUGGUAAAUACGUCGAUUUAAUGGAAGAUCUUAUCCCAGAAAUGAAAGAUGGCACUAUUCGAACUGCCAUUGAUACUGGUUGUGGGGUUGCUAGUUGGGGUGGUGACUUGUUGGAUCGCGGGAUACUUACUGUGUCUCUUGCUCCAAGAGAUAACCAUCAAGCUCAGGUUCAAUUUGCUUUGGAGCGUGGUAUUCCUGCAAUUCUUGGUGUCCUUGCUACACACAGGCUUCCAUUUCCAUCAAAUUCCUUUGAUAUGGCUCAUUGCUCCAGAUGCCUCAUUCCAUGGACAGACUUCGGUGGAGUUUCUCUUCUUGAAAUACACCGGAUUCUUCGUCCUGGAGGAUUUUGGGUUUUGUCUGGUCCACCAAUCAACUACGAGCGCAGGUGGCGUGGAUGGAACACAACUAUCAAAGAGCAAAAAUCAAAUUACGAGAAAUUGCAGGGCUUGCUGACUUCACUGUGCUUUAAAUUGCAUAAUAAAAAGGGCGACAUUGCCGUAUGGCAGAAGUCUCCUGAUAAUGAUUGCUAUAAUAAGCUGACUAAAGAUACCUAUCCGCCUAAAUGUGACGACAGCCUCGACUCAGAUUCAGCAUGGUAUACUCCGAUUCGUACUUGUUUGGUGGUUCCGAAUCCAAAAUUUAAGAAUUUAGGUUUGACAUCAAUUUCUAAGUGGCCUGAGCGGUUGCGUGUUGCACCUGAACGUAUUUCAAAGGUUUAUCAUGGGAGUGAUAGUACGUUCAAACGUGACGAUGAUAAGUGGAAGAAGCAUGUUGUGCACUACAAGAAGUUGAUCCCUGAGCUUGGGACUGACAAGAUAAGAAAUGUGAUGGAUAUGAAUACGGUAUAUGGAGGUUUUGCUGCGGCUUUGAUUGAUGAUCCUGUAUGGGUUAUGAAUGUGGUUUCAUCUUAUGGUGCCAAUACGCUCCCUGUGAUUUAUGAUCGAGGCCUCAUUGGAACCUUCCAUGAUUGGUGUGAAGCAUUUUCGACAUAUCCUCGGACAUAUGAUCUCCUUCAUCUUGCAGGACUCUUCACGGCAGAAAGCCACAGAUGUGAAAUGAAGUAUGUGUUGUUGGAAAUGGACCGAAUUUUACGACCUGGUGGGUAUGCUAUCAUACGCGAGUCUAGUUACUUUUUUGAUGGCAUUACAACCAUUGCCAAGGGCAUGCGAUGGGAAUGUCGUAAAGAAGAUACCGACCAGGGCAGUGACAUGGAAAAGAUAUUAAUAUGCAAGAAAAAGCUAUGGUAUUCAUCCAAUAAGGAUUCAAGAUGACCAACUCGGUACCUAAACAGCGAGGAGAAGGUGGUUUUUAGAACAUUAAUGCCAGCAGUAGGUUGAUUCAUAUAGUAUGUAAUAUAUAUUCAACCAUGAAUCCUCAAAAGAAUGGUUGGUAACUGAAUAAUAUGAUUUUUAGCUUAGACUUUUCACAAAUAUAUAUAUAGAGAGAGAGAGAGAGUUAGAGACUUUAUGUCAUUGGUUUAAUAUCAAUUGAAUGCAGGUGUAGGAAUGAAAGUCUUAAAUCCCACAGAAAGUGUGAUUUUCCUUUGAGUGUUGCCAUUUCAGGAGCAGUGAUGUUUAGAAUUACUGAGAUAACACUAGUAUUAAUGUUGACCAUGAUAAGUAAUGAGCUUAUCAUUUGUGCUUAGUGUUGUGUGUUCAAGAUUGUUUUAUUGUAAGUUGGUAAAUGUUGUGUAACUCUAAUCUUAGUGGAUGAAAUCAAUGGUUAAAACUGUUACUUGAGGUUUA